AUGGUUGGAUCUGUUGCUCAAUUAAUCAGGCUCAUUGACGCUACCAUCAAUAUUCUUCUUUCAAAAUGUCCGGAUGAAUGCAUGACGGUGUUGUUCGAAGCCUCCCGACAUGGAACUCAUUUCAAUUGGAUCUGGCUUCAUAUUGCAAUCACAUUCCCGGGAUCUAUUGUGGACCAUCUGUUUACUGUUGGUGCUAGUCAGUUCAAGGCAUAUGUUGAAGAUUUCAAAGUGAAAGAAAGAAGCCAGGUAUCUGCGGCUAUCCUCGCUAGUAUACACGAAGAUUAUAAUAUGAAACUUAGUUCUCUGUCCGACGUCUUUAAUUUCCUUACUCGACGCAGCAAUACAGAGUUGGAGAAAGUUGUUUCGCGUAUGAUUAAAGACAGUCUUGAUUGCAACCCCAAGGAUGGGGUUUUUGAGAACUUGGACUUUGUGUUCUUCUUCAAAUUGGUAACGUGUUCCGUCGAAACGCUUCGUUGUCUCAUUAGACAAAAUGCGGACGCAGCCACGCCGUCCUAUUUUUUCCGUGGCAUACGUCAAUUGAUGUCUGUCGAUCAACGCCUGGUUCUUUCCUCAAUGCCAUACAUGGAAUUCGCAAAACAAAUGGUUCGAGCUUUGGACGUCCAAUCGCUUUCUGUCGUUUUUUCAUGUGUUAUGGAGAUGGCUCUCGAUCCUCUAAUUUUUAGUGAGUUUGAGCAUCAGGAUCCUGGCGUUUGUCGUGCAGUCAGGGAAAAGAUCAUAAUAGUUGUGGAUGAAAUUGUGAAUCUCAUAGUGCGAACAGUCCAUUCAAAACAGAACCUCUCAGUAGUGGAUUACCCGCCAGUUGCGGAGUUUGCUUCAGGGAAAAGACUGCAGUUCGUGAUUGACGCUGCCAUUACCAGCCCUCCAUGGGCUGGAAGUGUGAUUCGAUACCUUCAUGGUGUGGCUAUAAUAUAUGGAGAACCGAAAGCCGCUGAAAUUAUUGACCGUUUUAUUGUUGGAUGCAAUGAGGCCCAGUCGCUUUCUGCUUUGUGCGCUUUUCUCACCACGGUGGUGCCGUAUUAUCCAAAUGUGAUGCGCACUGCAUAUGAAUCUUUAACGAAUGUAAUGCGAAUGGUAGAUAAAGAAAAAAAUUCAGCCAGAAGCUCAAUCCUUCGAGUUUUAAACAACAUGCGAGUAAUUCUAGAAUGGGAACAGACAGCUGACAAUUCUCUGUAUCCGGACGCAGCCCUUGGAGAACUCUAUACUAACUUCAUGUAUGAAGUACUGAACACCGUAGAAGAAUGCGUUACUGAAAAGGAAUUGCAAACGGCAAUGGAUAUAGUGCUAGCUGUAUCUCGUCUUAUAGAGGUGUCAUUACCAGCCACAGGACAGACAAAAGAAGAAUCGCUCCGCAAAGAUGCAGAUUCGGUAUGCGUACAAGCUCAUGCUGCAAUUGGCUUCCUUGCAGCGCAUUGCGCUUUCGAUGAACAUGAAAUCGCUAUUUCUGUGUUUGAAGAAUAUCGCACUACUGUUUUUAUAUUCGUAUCACGUCAUCUCAAUCCCAUUUUGCGAGAUUACAAUAACUUAUUCCUAAUGUCUUUUCUCACGUGUUGCAUACAGGAUGCAAAAGCUCUUUUUGGUGAUUCGGAAGAUCUCGUAGCGUGGAAGUACGAGAGUGAAGAGCGUGCGAAUAAACUAGCAGAAAUAGAAGAAGCACAGGAAGAAUCGUUUCUGAAAGCUAUUGAAUGUAUGCCGCUAAACAAGCGACCAAAUCAGUUGGCUCACUCUGGGAUCAUUGGAAAAGGCGCACGACAUCUCCAUAAAGUCGAGCCGCCGGCGGAGGAUGCUCUUCAUCGGGCUCAUGUAUUUUUGGAUGCUAUGAGGACAACGUGUCUUUCGCAUACAAGGGAGUCCAAUCUCGAGACUUGUAAGCUUGUGCUAAAAGUUAUCCUCGUCGAUAAACCCUACAGGAUCCCAUUCUACGGUCCAUGUCAAAUGAUCAUGUGCAAACUUGAGGCGAUCCUGUUUGCCGCCUUCUGUCACUGA